CCCCCGCAAUCUCUCCUGCUUCCGCUCCUCCUCCUGCGGGAGAGCCGGGGGGCCCCGCCCGCCGGAAGCAGGGGCGGCAGCGGCAGGAGCAGCUCUGGUCGGGGUGCGGGUGCGGGUCCGAGUCCGGGUCGGGCGCCGCUGCAGGCCGAGAUGCCCCUGGCCAAGGACCUGGUGCACCCCUCCGCGGAGGAUGAGAGGAGAAAGCACAAGAAGAAACGGCUUGUGCAGAGCCCCAACUCCUACUUCAUGGAUGUAAAAUGCCCAGGAUGCUACAAGAUCACCACUGUAUUCAGCCAUGCUCAGACAGUUGUUCUGUGCGUAGGGUGCUCAACUGUCCUGUGUCAGCCUACUGGGGGUAAAGCCAGACUAACAGAAGGCUGUUCAUUUAGAAGAAAGCAACACUAAACACUUGAGCAUGUGGGUUUGGAUCUGUGCUCCUGAAAGCCUUACCAGUUUAAAAAUGCCUGUUAAUACAAAGUAAUUACAAUUGAUUUUGUAAAGAUUACAUGCACUAGUGACUAAUGAGCUGCAAUCUCUUUUUCAAUAAAUAAUUUGAAGUGCAA